GGUCUAGCGCUGUGUCUAUUCUUUUCGUAAGUAUGUCUGGCCGAGGCAAAGGAGGAAAGGGUCUGGGGAAAGGUGGCGCUAAGCGCCACCGCAAGGUUCUGCGGGAUAACAUCCAGGGCAUUACAAAGCCUGCCAUCCGGCGUCUGGCUAGGCGCGGCGGUGUGAAGCGCAUUUCCGGCUUAAUCUACGAGGAGACCCGCGGAGUACUGAAGGUCUUCCUAGAAAAUGUGAUUCGUGAUGCUGUCACCUAUACCGAGCACGCCAAGCGCAAGACGGUCACCGCUAUGGACGUGGUCUACGCACUCAAGCGCCAGGGUCGCACCCUCUAUGGCUUCGGCGACAGUUACGCUUCUUUAGCUAUGGCUCGUACAAAGCAGACGGCUCGUAAGUCCACCGGCGGCAAGGCGCCGCGCAAACAGCUGGCCACCAAGGCAGCCCGCAAGAGCGCGCCGGCUACCGGCGGCGUGAAGAAGCCGCACCGCUAUCGGCCCGGCACAGUUGCCCUGCGCGAGAUCCGCCGCUACCAGAAGUCCACCGAGCUGUUGAUCCGCAAGCUGCCGUUCCAGCGGCUUGUGCGCGAAAUCGCGCAGGACUUCAAGACCGACCUGCGCUUUCAGAGUUCGGCGGUGAUGGCGCUGCAGGAGGCGUGCGAGGCUUACCUGGUGGGACUCUUCGAGGACACCAACCUUCUUGGUUUUGUCACCAUGUCUGGUCGUGGUAAGGGAGGCAAAGGCCUCGGAAAAGGCGGCGCUAAGCGCCACCGUAAAGUACUACGUGAUAACAUUCAGGGUAUCACCAAACCUGCAAUUCGCCGCCUGGCCCGUCGUGGCGGUGUGAAACGCAUCUCCGGCCUUAUCUACGAGGAGACCCGCGGCGUGCUUAAGGUGUUUCUGGAGAACGUAAUCCGUGACGCUGUCACCUAUACCGAGCACGCCAAGCGCAAGACUGUCACCGCCAUGGACGUGGUUUACGCGCUCAAGCGCCAGGGCCGCACCCUCUACGGCUUCGGCGGCUGAGAACGAGACCCACUUGCCCUUUUCACAGAAAAAGGCCCUUUUCAG